AUGGCCAGACCUGAUCCCCACGAGCCUAUUGCCAUCAUCGGCAGCGCCUGCCGCUUCCCCGGCGGCUCAGAUACACCAUCCAAGCUGUGGGAACUGCUACGCGAGCCACGAGAUGUGCUCCAAGAAAAGAUUGACCGAGCUCGGCGUUUCGACCCGUCCGCCUUCUUUCACCCAGACAACAACCAUCACGGGACAACAAAUGUCCAGUCUUCGUACCUCCUGGACGACGACCCGGCCAACUUCGACGGUGGCUUUUUCAACAUAUCCGCAGCUGAGAUCGAGGCCAUCGAUCCACAGCAGAGAAUGCUCAUGGAAACAGUCUACGAUUCAUUAUGCUCAGCUGGUCACACCAUAGAAGGUUUGCGGGGCUCUUCCACCGCCGUCAUGGUGGGCCUGAUGGGAGACGACUGGUCCAAUUUGGUCUACAGGGACCUGGAAGCCCUCCCCAAAUAUGCCGCCACAGGGGUAAGCCGCAGCGUCGUGUCGAAUCGCCUGUCUUAUUGUUUCGACUGGCGUGGGCCGUGCAUGACCAUCGACACUGCCUGUUCGUCCAGCAUGGUGGCCGUCCACUUGGCUAUCCAGGCUUUGCGCAAUGGCGAGUCUCACAUGGCCGUUGCCGCGGGAGCUAACCUGCUUCUUAGCCCUGCUAUGUAUGUUGCUGAGAGCAACCUACAAAUGCUUUCGCCGAAUGGGAGAAGCAGGAUGUGGGACAAGAAUGCGGACGGUUAUGCUCGCGGAGAAGGGAUUGCCUCCGUUAUCCUCAAGCCACUGUCCGCUGCGAUCCGGGAUCGUGAUCAUAUCGAAUGCAUCAUCCGUGCCACGGGUGUCAACCAAGACGGUAAGACGCCCGGGCUGACCAUGCCUAGCGCAGCAGCGCAAGCCGCUCUUAUCCGGGACACGUACGCUCGCGCCGGUCUUGAUCUUAGCAAGCCAGAAGACCGUCCACAGUUCUUCCAUGCCCACGGCACCGGAACCCCUGCCGGAGACCCUCAGGAAGCCGAGGCCAUUGCAAAGGCCUUCUAUCCCCGGGGCGCUCCGGAAGGCGAGAAGCUGUACGUCGGGUCCAUCAAAACUAUCAUUGGUCAUACCGAAGGCACUGCGGGUUUAGCCAGCCUUGUUGGUACAUCUCAGGCGUUACAGAACGGCAUGAUUCCUCCAAACCUACACUUCGCCGGGCUCAACCCUAAGAUCGAACCCUUCUAUGGUGGUUUGGAAGUCCCGACCGUGGCGAAGCCGUGGCCCGAACUCCUCCCGGGCCAACCACGGAGGGCAAGCAUCAACAGCUUCGGCUUCGGCGGCACAAACGCCCACGCUAUUGUGGAAUCCUACGACAACACCCUGAACGCCUCCACGACGCCACAGCCGGGCAGUUUAUUCACUCCCAUAACCAUCUCCGCCGCGAGCGAAAACUCGCUGCGUGACCUUUUGUCGUCAUAUAUUGGCUAUCUCCGGGCCCACCCAGAAGUGCCACUGCAGGACUUCGCUCAUACCCUACAGGAGAGACGUUCGACGCUUGCCCAUCGUGCCUUCAUCACGGCGUCAACCAACGAAGAGGCCGCCACCAAGAUGACACAACUCCUCGCGCCGGAACGCUCCGAUCAGUUGGGCACCAAGCACGGCAGCGUUACCGACCCGCGCCUGCUUGGCAUCUUCACGGGCCAGGGCGCCCAGUGGCCGCGGAUGGGGGCCAUGCUGAUCGAAAUGUCGCCCUUUGCCGCGAGCCGGCUUGCUGAGCUUGACAGCUCCCUGAGCUCUCUGCCCGUGGACGACCGGCCGGCAACGACUCUGCGGGAAGAGCUGCUUGCCGAUGCCGCAAGCUCCAGAAUCGCCGAGGCAGCUCUGUCGCAGCCCCUGUGCACCGCCGUGCAGAUCGUGCUGGUUGACUUGCUCCGCGCCGCCGGGAUCAAGUUUUCGGCUGUCGUGGGCCACUCGUCAGGUGAGAUUGCCGCCGCAUACGCCGCAGGGUUCAUCACGGCGCAUGACGCGAUCCGUGUCGCUUAUUACCGUGGGCUGUAUUCCAAGUUUGCCCUGUCCCCCAGAGGGCAGCCCGGUGCCAUGAUGGCUGUCGGAGCCUCGUUAGAAGAGGCCGCCGAGUUCUGUCAGCAAGAGGCAUUUAACGGCAAGCUGCAGGUUGCGGCGUACAACUCGUCGUCGAGCGUGACGAUCUCGGGCGACGAAGACGCCGUCGUGGAGGCCGUCGACACUCUGAAAAGGGAGGGCAAAUUUGCCCGCCGGCUGAAGGUCAGCGUUGCCUAUCACUCUGCUCACAUGAUUCCGUGCGCCGCUCCGUACCUCGCCGCCCUCGAGGCCGCCGUGGCCAUCGCUCCGACCGAAUCUCUUGCCGAGGAUAGGCCCACCUGGUAUUCUUCCGUCCAUGGAGGCCGCGCCAUGACGGCCGACGAUCUCAGCCCGCAGUACUGGGUGGAGAACCUUACCGGUAUGGUCCGCUUCGCCCCGGCGGUAACUGCUGCCGCGACAAAUGGUGGUCCCUUCGACAUGGCUCUCGAGGUCGGACCACAUCCGGCGCUCAAGGGCCCUUGUCUGGGCACGCUAGAAGAAGCAGGAAAUAAGAUUCCUUAUUUCGGGACUCUUUCUCGGGGAGGCAACGACAUCACAUACAUGGCGGAAACUCUUGGGUUUGUCUGGGCCAAGCUUGGUCCACGGUCCGUCCUGUUCGACGCCUUCGAGAUUGCCGUCUCAGGCACCGAGCCCGGAGCGCGCCGCUUCCUCCCAGACCUCCCCAAGUAUCCCUUUGACCAUUCCAGGCCGUCCUGGGCCAUGACCCGCAUCUCGGGUUCUUAUGGCGCUUCGGCUCUCGCGCCGCCUCACCCACUCCUGGGUAAACGCCAGGCUGAACAGGAGACGCCGCUUGAGAUCCGGUGGCGAAACAUUUUCAAACUCAAGGAAUUGUCUUGGAUGAGCGGCCACAAGCUCCAGGAUCAGAUUGUGGUUCCGGCCGCGGCCUUUGUGGCUAUGGCGGUGGAAGCCAUCACUGCCGUCGCUGCUGGUAACGGGCUGAGCAUUUCCCUGAUUACCCUGGAGGACCUCUCGAUUGACCGCGGUAUUGCCUUCGACGACGACGCUUCCAACAUCGAGGUUGUCUUCUCCGUCAGUGUGAACCAGCGCAAUGACCAGAGCAUCCGGGCCAGCUUCUCUUGCUCCUCGGGCCCUGCCCACUAUGCCGGGAAGCCCCUGCUGCUCAACGCUCGAGGGACUAUCACGGCCAUGUUUGGGGAGCCGGACGCGGACCAGCUUCCUUUCGUCCAGAAGGAAGACUGGAAUCUGACUUCUAUUGAGGUGGACCGCUUUUAUGAACAGUUCGACAAUCUCGGAUAUGGUUACGCGCAGCCGUUCCGCGGCGUGCGGUCCAUCGACCGUCGGACCGGCUACGCCAUCGGAACUAUUGAGAACCAAUGCGGCUCCAACUGGGAGGACCAACAGUUCCUUAUCCAUCCCGGCCUUCUAGACACGGCAUUCCAGACUUCUUCUGCGGCCUUCACCUGUCCCGGAGACGGCCGCCUCUGGGCCGUCUACAUCCCGGCCCGGAUCAAGCGCCUGACCAUCAACCCGCACUUUUCCGUCGCUGGCGGUAGCCAGGGGUCCGAGAUCUUUCCCUGGGAGUCUGCGGUCACGAGUUACAAGGAUGCGCGGACCACACUCGACAUCAACCUGUUCUCGCCGGACGAUGCCCACACCUUUGUGCAGAUCGAAGGCCUCGAGCUCAUGCCGCUCACCCCGGGCCGGCCCGAGGACGACACUCCCCUCUUUACUCGGUUCGAGUACUGCGUCGACCAGCCAAAUGGCGAACUCGCAGCCUCGACGGACGGUGCCCUGUCUGCCGAAGACAUCGAGCAUGCCAUCACGGCCGAGAGAGUGGCUCUUUACUACCUACGCCGCUUACUCGAAGCGAUCACGCCCGAGGAGAAGGCCAGCGCGUUGCCCCAUUACCAACAGCUUCUGGACUGGGCUGAACGUGCGGUUGAACUGGUAAAGAGCAGAAGAAAUGCCUCGGUUCCAGCGACAUAUGCGAACGAUACCAAGGAAACAAUCAGUGCUCUUCUUGCCAGAAACUCUCAACGGGCCGACCUUCGGCUCUUAAAAACCGUUGGUGCGAGCCUCCCAGAUGCCGUACGGUCUGGUUCAAGCAUUGUCGAGCACAUGGUUCAGGACGAUCUUCCGGACUUCGGCCGGAACGCGGCCAAUGGCCAACUCUCGUGCAUGGUGGCCCAGAUUGGUCACCGCUACCCGCACGCUAAUGUUCUCGAGAUAAGAGCCGGGAAGGGCGAAUCCACGGGCUACGUUCUUAAUGCCCUUGGUUCCGCUUUCUCUACCUACACCUACACCGACGCAUCCGAGGACUCGUUCGAGGCGGCCCAGGAGCGUUUCCGGGAGUAUUCCAGCCGCAUGGUUUUCCGCAAGUACGACAUUGAGCAGCCCCCUGCAGCCCAAGGCUUCACUGAGGGAUAUUACGACGUUGUGUUUGCUUCCGGCCUCCUCAACGGCACCGCGCAGCCGGACGAAGUCAUCUCGAACGCUCGCCAUCUGUUGAAGCCUGGAGGCUAUUUGAUUACGCUGGAACGGACCAGUAACGACAACCUUGCCGCCGGUCUAACCAUGGGAAGCUUGCCGAGCUGGUGGGCGGGGACCGGGCCGGCGUUGAGCCUGUCGAGAUGGGAUGAACUCCUGGUGAAGUCCGGCUUCAGCGGAGUCGACACGGAUACACCUCCGACCCAUAGGCUGAACCCUUAUACCGUCUUCGCUGCCCAGGCGGUCAAUGAGCGCAUUGAGCUGCUCCGGUCUCCCCUCGAGAGUGCCCCCGAAACCCCCGCGCCACGGCUCGUCAUCUUGGGUGGUCAGACGCUUGCCGUGCAGCGGGCGAUUCGUGGCCUCAAAGCGCUGCUGCGGUCGCGGUUCGAACAGAUCGAUGUAGUCAACGCCGUCGAAAGCCUCGAUGACAACACCAUGAUUCCCGGGAGCUCUGUCUUGUCUGUCACCGAAUUAGACGAGCCCGUGUUUGCAGCCAUUUCUCCCGUCAAACUAGAGGGUCUUAAGGCGCUUUGGCGUUCUGCGGGCACAGUGUUGUGGGUGACACGCAGGGCGAGAACCGAGGAGCCGCUGUCAUUCAUGAGCCACGGCCUCUGCCGCGUGGUCAAGUACGAGUAUCCCAACGUCUCGCUGCAGGUGCUUGACUUGGAUGUGCUCGACGCGAAGACUCCGGAGCUGAUUGCCGAGGAGUUUAUCCGCACGGCGGCCCUAAAGAAGUGGGCGAAGGAGGCCAAGGACAGCGAUAUCUUGUGGUCGUCCGAGCCCGAGGUGAGCAUAGAGUCCGGCAAGCGACUCAUCCCGCGCCUCUACAAGUUUGCCGAGGCGAAUGACCGGUAUAAACCCGCUCGCCGCACGCUCAUGAAGUCGGUCGACCCCCUGAAGACGUCCGUUGUUCUCGCCGCGUUGGCCACGGCCCAUCCUACGAACUCCGGGCCCCAUCGCCGCUGCGCGAUCGAGCUCGCCUGUAACGCACGCGUGUUCCUCUGCGUGGGCAUCGACCAAGCCGCCGGCAACGCAGUCCUGGCCGUGACGCACACAGCCGAGUCCCGGCCUACCAUUCCCGCGGGUUGGACUGUCCCCCUGCCCUCCGACGCCGACCUGGAAAAAGCGGUCGCCGCCGUUGCCGCCCAACUCGUCGCCUCCACCAUCCUCUCCCUCGCCCAAUCCGGAAGCGCCGUCCUCGUGCACGAGCCGGACGUCCUGGUCGCCGCCGCGCUCACUCAACAGGCCGCAAAGACACAGAUCGAGGUCGUAAUCACAACCGCCACCACCACCAGCAACAACAACAACAACACAUGGCAUCACAUCCACAGCAAACUAUCUUCCCGCGCCAUCAAAAAGAUCCUCCCCUCCCACCUCUCCGUCUUUGCCGAUCUGUCCCAGACCGCGCACGCCGCGCCCGCAGGCAAGCUCAUCGCCAAGUGCCUGCCCACCGCGUGCGCCUCGUUCGGCGCGGCCCGCUUCUACGGCACGACCGCGCAGACGCCCACCUGGCUGGCCGCCGAGAGCGUGGCCGCGGCGCUGGCCGGUGCCUGGCGUGGCGUGCAACAACAACAAGGCGGCGGUGGUGGUGGUUGGAGCGCGAUGGAGAUGGAGAGGGAUGGCCGCCCCGCGGUCCUGUCCCUGCGGGAUGUCCCGGCCAGGUCGGUGUUUGGAUCCCCGCUUGCUGUGGGGCUGUGCAAGUGGAUGAUCGAGCAUGGCGCCAGGUAUGUGGUUCUCUCCAGCCGGCGGCCCAAGCCGUUGCAUCCCGGCUUUCUGGGGUUUGCGCAGAGCAUGGGCGCUACGGUGGAGGUGCUCCCGCUCGACGUGACCAGCAAGGACGCUGUGUUCGAGUGCCAUCGGCAGAUGGCUGAGAUUCUGCCUCCUGUAGGCGGGGUUGCCAUGGGGGCCAUGGUUCUGGAUGACUCGCUGUUUGAGGGGCUCUCGUUCGAGGCCCUGACCAGAGUGCUCGAGCCCAAGGUGGCCGGCACGCGUAACCUCGACGCCCUGUUCCACACCACCCCACUGGACUUCUUCAUCGUCUUUUCCUCGCUGGUGUGCGCCACGGGCAACAGCGGCCAGAGCAACUACGUUGCUGCCAACAUGUACAUGGCGGCGGUUGCCCAGCACCGCAAACGGCGCGGUCUGGCCGGCUCCGCCAUCUCCCUCGGCUCCGUCAUGGGUGUCGGUGUCGUGGAGCGGACCGAGGGGCUGACUAGCGAGUACUUUAUCAACCUGGGGACACGGAACGUCUCGGAGCAGGACGUCCAACAGCAGUUUGCCGAGGCCAUUCGGGUCGGGCAUCCGGAUUGCGAUGAGGCUGCCGACAUCGUGGCCGGGCUGGUGCCCAUCUACGCCGAUACCGAGGCCAAAGCCCAAUAUCGUGAUGAUCCCAAGUUUGGCCACAUCAUCAUGCACCGGGCCGGUGCUAGCGACAAGUCUGGCAGGCCGCGCGUUACGCUCCCGGUCCGUGUUCAGUUGCCAGAGGUGAAGAGCCGGGCUGAGGCGAUGGAGGUGAUCAAGGCAUCUUUUAUCUUCCGGCUCAAGCGUAUCUUGAUGAUUGCGCAGAGCGAUGCCGUCCACGAGAACCUCUCUCUCGUCGAGCAAGGCAUGGACUCCUUGAUGGCCGUCGAAGUCCGCUCGUGGUUUCUAAACGAGAUGGAGGUGGAUAUUCCAACCCUCAAGAUCCUCGGCGGCAGCACGAUCGGCGACCUGCUCGUCGAGGCAGUGGGCCGCAUGCCGGUUUCGAUCAUGGACCUGAGCACCCUCCCUAGCGCUGGGGCCGGGGAUAGCACGAAGGAGGCCGAAGUGAAGCCGAAGCCGAAGCCGAAGCCUCAAUCGGUCACAUCUCCGCCGCCAGAGGUCGAAGACCUUCGGGCCUCUGUGUCAUCCUUGACCUCGUCCUCUUCCGAGUCGACAACUCCCGGUGAUAUGAGCCCCUCACGCAGCGCAGAGCUAGUACGGACGCCGGAGACCCAGUCAACCGAGCCUAGCACCCCGGUAGAUACCCCAAGUGAGCUUUCUCUCCAUCAUGAGAAGCCUACUUUGAGAACCGCCACGAGUACCGAAAAGGAACGGACCGUCCCCAUAUCGCACAGCCAAAGAGGGUUCUGGUUCCUUCAGGACGACCUCAAAGACAAGGCCACCUUCAACAUGACGGUCAUGUUCAAGCUCACCGGGCAUAUGGAUGUGCCGCGGCUUGAGAGAGCUGUGCAGACGCUGGGUCGUCGCCACGAGGCUUUGAGAACCAGGUAUUUUGUGUCGGACGAGGAGGGCGGGAGAGCCGUCAUGCAAGGCAUCCUCGAGGGAGACUCCCCUGUUCGCCUUGUGCACAAGCGUCUCGCAGCGGAAUCUGACGCGUACGACGCGUUGAACAAGAUGCACAGCCACGAAUGGGAUCUUGGCUCGUGGGAGGCUGCCAGGAUUCACCUCCUGACGGUGGAUGACAACACGCACUUUCUGCUUGCCGGAGGCCACCACAUUUCUUGGGAUGGCUACAGCUUUAGCGUCCUGUUCGUUGAUCUAGAAGCAGCUUACUCGGGAAAGCCGCUCGGCCCUCUUGGUCCUGAGAACCAAUUCUGGGCCGCUACCCAGGCGCAGAUCGACCUGCAGAAGACGGGGGGGAUGAAGAGCACGCUCGAUGAGCUUCGCGGCAUCAUUGAUCCGAACCGCCCGCCCAUCUCGCUUUUCCCCUUUGCGAAGUCUCCGACGCGGCCGGCCGUGAGCGAGUUUGCCCAGUUUGAGGCCAAAGCGACGCUCCCGCCGGGGGUCGUUUCCAAACUCCGACAGGUUGCCCGGACAAACCGCUCGACCAUGUUCCACCUCUACCUCGCCGCCAUCCAAGGCCUUGUACUCCGCCUGCUCCCAGAUACAGACGACUUCUUUGUUGGCAUUGCCGACGCGAACCGCCUCGACCGCCGUUUCAUCGGAAGCCUGGGCCUCUUCCUGAACCUGCUCCCUGUCCAUUUCAAGCGCGGCGGCCAGGGCACCAGGGUCAGUAACCUGAUCCAGGGGGCGCGUGACGCCGCCUACGGCGCCCUCCAGCGGUCGAGCGUGCCUUGGGGUGUCGUCCUCGACGAGCUCAAGAUCCCGCGCGUCAGCGGCCACUCGCCCGUCUUCCAGCUCUUCUUCAACUACAACCAGGUCGUCCAUGAGCGGUCGACGUUUGGGGGUUGUAAGCUCAGCGACGAGUCGUGGUUAGAUGCGGGCACCGGCUAUGACUUUGCCCUGGGCGCCACCGACAACCCCAAAGGCGAGUCGAGGCUGUCCCUCCGGCUUUCGGCGGGCACGUACACCCAGGAAAGCACUGAGCUCCUAAUGCGGUCCUUCGUGAAUGUGCUCGAGACCUUUGCGGCGGGUAUCGACUGCGAGGCUGCCGACCUGCCGGCCUAUGCUCCCCGGGAUAUCGAGUUGGGCCUCGAGGCUGGUAAAGGGCCGGAAACCACACUCGAGUGGCCUCUCACUCUGCCGCACCGCAUCGAUCAAAUGGUCGAGACCCACGGAUCCGCGCCGGCCUUGAAGGAUGGUCUAGGUGACGACCUAACUUACGAGCAGAUGGCAUACCGCGUACAUGUCAUCGCCGCCAGUCUUGUUGCCGCUGGGGCAGGCGACGGCGCAGUUGUAGGCGUCUUCCAGACCCCAUCCGCCGACUGGAUCUGCUCUCUGCUGGCCAUCAUGAGGGUCGGCGCAAUUUACGUGCCCCUCGAUCUUCACAGCUCGAUGGACCGGCUGGCCACCAUCACGAGGCUUGCAAAGCCGGGUUUCCUGCUAGUUAACGCGACCACAUCCUCUCAAACCGACGGACUUAAUCUCCCCGAGGCCGUGAAGAUCGUCGUUUCCGACUUGUCGGGGGGCGAGGCCAAGGCCUACGCCGUCCCUAACCAGGCAAAGCCCGACUCGACUGCUCUCAUGCUCUUUACCAGUGGCACGAGCGGACAACCCAAGGGAGUCCUGCUGACGCACGCUAACUUGCGCGCUCAGGUCGAAGGACACUCUCGCGCCUGCGGUCUACCAUCCCUGGUCAGCGUGGUUCUGCAGCAAAGCAUCUACAGUUUUGACAUGUCGGUCGACCAGACUUUCACCGCACUCGCACACGGCGGCUGUCUUGUGGUGGUGCCCGCUGACAAGCGUGGAGACCCGGAAUCUGUCACCGCCCUUAUGGCUGAGCAUGGUGUUACCUACACCUUGGCCACACCGGCCGAGUACAACACGUGGUUCAGUUAUGCGCGCGAUAACCUGGCCCGCUGUCAGGCAUGGCAAGCAGCGCUGUCCGGUGGAGAACAUCUUCAGCGCGGACUUGUCGGCCAGUUCGCCGACCUUGCGCGCGAGCAGGUCCCCGGGUUGCGGCUCUUCAACGCUUACGGCCCGACCGAGGUGACCGCCGCGGCUACCGGGGGAGAGGUCAAACAUAGCGAUCCGGAGCUGGAAUACCCAAUCUCGGUUGGAUCCGUGUUGCCCAACUACCGGAUGGCCGUGGUCGAUGACCGGAUGCAGACGAUGCCGGUGGGCGUGGCCGGCGAGAUAUGCGUCGGCGGACCGGGUGUGGCCCGCGGCUAUCUGCCGUCCCCCGGCGUGACUCAGGAUAGCUUCAUUCCCGGCGCCAACAUCCACCCAUCGCUAGCUGAGACCGGUACAUGGUAUCGCACCGGCGACCUCGGCGUCCUCCGAGCAAGCGGCACCGUCGACAUCAUCGGCCGCAUCUCCGGUGACAACCAAGUCAAGCUCCGCGGAUUCCGCGUCGAGCUACAGGAGGUGGAAGCUGUGCUCCUCACAGCCGCGAACGGCGCGCUCUCACACGCGAUCGUCACAGCCCGCGGCGAGGGCGAGGGCCGCUUCCUAGCGGCGCACGUCGUGUUCGGGCUUGAGGUACCCCAUGACCGCCGCCCCGGCCUCACCCAGCGCCUCGAAUCGGGACUCCCACUCCCCUCCUACAUGCAGCCCACCGUGGUCAUACCCAUCGACAACAUCCCCCUAACCAAGCACGGCAAGUUCGACCGCGCCGCGAUCCAGGCCCUGUCGCUCCCAGCCAAGCCCAACCCGACCACCGUCGCCGCCGCCGAGCUGACCGCGGAGGCGAGAAUGGCCGCGCUGUGGCGCAAGGUCAUCCCGCACGGCAUCCAGGCGGCGCUUACGCCCGAGACGGGCUUCUUCGAGGCCGGCGGCACCUCCAUCCUCCUGGUGAAGCUCCGGGCCCUCAUCAAGACCGAGUUCCGCUACGCGCCCCGUCUGGCGGAGCUGAUGAACGGCAACACGUUGGGUGGUAUGGCCAAGGUCGUCGAGUCCCGCAUGCCCCCGCGGGCCCUGGGCGGGAAGGCGGAAGUGUCUGGGCCGGCGCCCCCGGGGUUGGUGGUUCCCCCUGGCAGCUCUGCGGAUGGUGGUGUAGCAGACGCAGAGGCAGGCCAGUUGGAGAAUUAG